UCUCUAGGGCAGCCGCGGCGGCGGCGCGCGUGCACGAGGCCAAUCCCCCCUCCCCCGGGCGAACCGCGGGUCCAAGCCCUAGCCGUAGCCGCGCGACCUCCCCGUAGCUGCGGAUUCUGGUGUUUCUGGCGGCGGCGGAGGCGGCUACUACUGCAUCCCCCAGCCUCCGCGUAAGCCCCGACGCAUCGGCGAGUUCGACUGCACCGACGCCGGAAAGAGUAAGUCAUGGGGAGCAAACAGAUUGUAGCUGUUCUUCAAAUUGGUGGAGAAUUCAAAACUGAUGAGGAUGGGCAGAUGUCCUAUUCUGGUGGAGAGGCGCACGCAAUGCAUGUGAAAAGUGGUUGGACUUUUAAAACAUUCAAACAUGAGAUAUCUUCAACGCUCAAUAAUCUCAAACUUGAUGCCUAUGUGUUCAAGUACUUCCUUCCCAGGAAUAACAAGACUUUGAUUUCAAUUUCCAAUGACAAAGACUUAAAACGCAUGGUUGAAUUCCAUGCAGAGUCAGAGACAACAUAUAUCUAUGUCAUGAAGAAGACUGACAACAGGGUAAAAACAUCUGCAGUGGUGCCUGCCGCUCCUGCAGAUCCUGGUGUUAUAGCAACUACUCCAGAUGGAUCUAAGAGGCAAAAGAUUUGUGCGAGUUGGGAGAAUGCAAUCACCGGAGCUGGUCAAGUGUUUGAAGGUCCAAAGGAAUUCCGCGAUGCACUACAUAAGUACGCCAUUGCACAUAGGUUUCAUUACAGAUUUGUCAAGAAUGACUCUUCUCGUGUCACCGUGGAAUGUACUGCUGAAGGGUGUUCAUGGCGUUUACAUGCAUCCAAGUCUCCUGCAAAGAAGGAUUUCAUGAUUAAGAAAGUGUUUGGAAGCCAUACAUGUGAAUCAGAGACAGUCAAAAGUCAUCGUCUGGCGUCUCAAAAAUGGGUGGCCAGUGUUAUUAAGGAAAAACUACGUGAUAGCCCAAACUAUAGGCCAAGAGAUAUUGCCAAUGAUCUUCAGCGUGAAUAUGGACUAAGCCUGAAUUACUCCCAAGCUUGGCGAGGCAAAUCAAUAGCCCAGAGAGAACUAUACAAUACACAUGAAGAGGCAUGCAACCAGCUUCCUUGGUUUUGCCAAAGGAUUGUGGAGACAAACCCUGGAAGUGUGGCGACAGUAGAGGCCUUGGAAGAUUCAAAAUUCCGCUUCUUUGUUGCAUUUCAGGCCUCCAUUCAAGGUUUUGUGAAUGGCUGCAGACCUCUCCUCUUUCUUGAUGUGAUAUCUGUGAAACCGAAUAAGCAUUGGAAGCUGUUGGCUGCUACCUCAGUUGAUGGUGAAGGUGAUAUGUUCCCCGUGGCAUUGUCUGUAGUGGACGAUGAGAGUAAAGAAAAUUGGCAUUGGUUUCUCAAACAGUUAAAAGCUUCAUUGCCUGUGUCCGGAGAACUAACAUUUAUAUCAAAUGGCAAAAGUGGUCUAUGGGAUGAGGUUUCUCUUAUAUUCCCAGAUAGUUAUCAUGGCUACCAUGUCAACUAUUUUGUUGAAGAAUUUAAGGCACAAUUGGAUGACAGUUGGAGCGAAGAAAUAAAAGAUACAAUGGUUGAGCAUGUUAAGAAAGCCAUGUAUUCGUGUAAAGUUGAUGAAUUCAACCAGUCUAUUGAACUCAUCAAAGUUGAAUCCGAUAAACUUGCCGAAUGGCUUUUGGAGACUAAACCUGAGAGGUGGUCAGAUGCCUUCUUCAAGGGGUCGCGACUUGGCCAGUACACAUGCAGCGUUUCUGAGACAAUUCUUCAGUGGAUCCCCGGCAGAUACGAGCUCUCGGUAGUGCAGCUGGUCGAUACAAUCAGAUGCAACCUGAUGGAGAUGAUGUAUACGCGCAGAGAAUAUUCAAACGCAUGGACCGAAGUGCUAACUCCAUCAACCAAUCAGAAAAUCCAGGAAGAGAUGAACAAAGCUCUUACGCACAGCGUUGUUUGCUCAACAGGCGACGAUGGAAACAGCAAUGUGUUUGAGGUGUGCGAUGGCUCCGUCAACGUUGUCAACAUUGAUACAUGGGACUGCACCUGCAGAAAGUGGCAUGUAUCUGGGAUUCCCUGCUCGCAUGCAGCUGCGGUGUUCGAGCGCACUGAACACAAUCCACUGGACUUCUGCGCCAAGUACUUCACGGCAGAAUGCUACCGCCUGACCUACGCCAUGUCGAUCAAUCCAAUACCUGACAUUGUUGUUCCUGCUCCAUCAGCUGACCCAGCACAGGGCACCGCAAUACUGUAUCCAUCGCCAAUCCUAACCCGGCGACAGGUUGGAAGACCAAAGGAAAAGCCAUCUGAUCCUCGCAUUGCGAUCAAGAGGGCAGUACGCUGCAGCAGGUGCAAGGCUUAUGGGCACAACAAGGCAACCUGCAAGGUCCCUAUCGCAGCUUAAUUUAAACCUUCGCAGUAUGUUCCUAAGUGUAAAUUGUGUUGUGCUUUUUGUUGCCCCUUGAUGAACUCGAUUGGAACCUGGGCAAUCCCGGCAUGUAUCUUUUGUCAGAUAAUGUGUGAAACGUAAUCUUAUUUGAUGGUUUUAGCUUGAAGUAUGGUAGUAUACUAA